GUAAAGUUUAGUAUCAUUGUUGGAGCAUUUUUUUGCCAAAUACACUAUUUUGGUGUUGAAGAUGAUGCUCGUUGGAGAUGGCCUUAUGGGUGCUGGAGAGUGAAUUGAAAAUUGAGAAGAAACCUUAAUUGAAGAGGAGAGAGGGAGUAGCAGGCUGGCAGCACAAUCCACACAGGAGAUGAAGAGAAGAAGACAAUAACAAGAUACUUCAAGAGGACAAUUUUGGCAAAAUUGGAUGACAUGCGUGUCAAUUCCUACUGCAAUCUUCACAAAGUAAUGGAAAUGGUAAGGAAUGUUCUAAGUAGAGAGGAGUUGGAGGAUUUCAAAACAACUGUUUUUGGUUGGCUGGCAGAUUUUGAUAGCAUGGAAUGGGUUAGAGGACAACUACAACUUGGAUUGGUAGGAAACUAUGUGCAGUAUGUUAAUGGAUUAGUUGACAAGAAUGUAAUGAGAUUCCAUAUCCAGAAAAGUGUGAUAAGUUUCACAAAGAAGGAUUUGGCAAUAGUCACUGGUUUAAAACUGAGUGGUGUUAAGCCGGUGCUGUCAGAAGAGCCCACAUGAGAUAUCUGGAAUCGGUAUUUGGCAGGCAAGAAAACAGUUACAAGGAAUGACAUCUUGAAGGCAAUAAGCAGUUACAAGAGUACUGAUCCAGGAACCUUGAAGUAUGAUGGUGUAAAGCUUGCACUUUUGUAUGUACUUUCACACGGAUUUUUAGGAAAUCAAACAGCAAAACCAAUGGAGUCAUACUACUUGAAUCUCAUUGAUGAUUUAGAAGCCUUUAAAUCCUACCCAUGGGGUGAAGUUGUUUGGAACGAGUUGAUCAGUUAUACGAAACAAAGUUGUGAAGCACUGGAAACCUGUAGGUGUGAAAGAGUCACAUUCCCAGGUUGCAUGAUUGCAUUACAAGUCUGGGCAUUUGAAACAUUCCCAAGCUUGUCAAAAGAAGGUUUGUGUAAAGUGAUAGAUGGGAGAGAACAUAUCAUGCCAAGGACACUGAAGUGGGCAUUUCAUAAGAAGC